CGCCUUGCUUCGUCCCCAGGGCAGCUCCCGUGCCCAUGCCCCCGCACCCACCCACCACCAGCCACUCACUCCCUUCUACCCUUGCCUCCAUCGCCAUCCCCGUCUCCAGCUCCAUCCAUGACUACCCAGCACCAGCACCAGCACCAGCAGCGCCAGUCCACCGCCGCCGCCUCCUCCUCCUCCUCCCCACUACCACCGCCAUGGCCUACCCUUAGGCUUAGGCUUAGUCUUGGCCCCGCGCGCUCGUCGCCAUGGACGCCCUAGGCGGCGCGCUGCCGCGGCUCGCCCUCGCCGACGCCGACGCCGGGCCGGACGACGCGUGCGGGAGCCCCUGCUCCGUCGCCAGCGACUGCAGCAGCGUCGCCUCCGCCGACUUCGAGGGCCUCUUCUCCCCCUCCGGCGCCGACGCGGCCCCGCCCUCGCUCCUCUCCGACGACCUGCCCGCGGCCGCCGCCGAGGCCGCGGCGGUCCCCGGCGGCGCCUGCAGGAGCGUCUUCGCCCUCGACUCCCCGCCGCUCUGGGGGCUCGAGUCCGUCUGCGGCCGCCGCCCGGAGAUGGAGGACGCCGCCGCCGUCGUCCCGCGAUUCUACCGCGUCCCGCUCUGGAUGGUCGCCGGCGACGGCGCCGCGGUCGACGGCCUUGACCGCGCCUCCUUCCGCCUCCCCGCCCACUUCUUCGCCGUCUACGACGGCCACGGCGGCGCCCAAGUCGCCGACUAUUGCCGGGAGAAGCUCCACGCCGCGCUCGUCGAAGAGCUACGCGCCGCAGAGGACCGUGUCGGCGGAUGCGACGACCUGAGCUCCCUGGACUCCAAGAAACAGUGGGAGAAGGCAUUCGUGGACUGCUUCUGCCGCGUCGACACCGAGGUCGAGGCGCCGGACAGCGCGGGGUCGACGGCGGUGACCGCGGUCCUUUGCUCGUCCCACAUCAUCGUCUCCAACUGCGGGGACUCGCGGGCGGUGCUGUGCCGGGGCAAGGCGCCAUUGCCGCUCUCUCUGGACCAUAAGCCCAACAGGGAAGACGAGUACGCGAGGAUCGAGGCGCUGGGCGGCAAGGUCAUCCAGUGGAAUGGAUAUCGAGUUCUCGGUGUUCUUGCCAUGUCGCGCUCCAUCGGGGACAGAUACCUGAAACCGUACAUAAUCCCGGUCCCCGAGGUGACGGUUGUUGCCCGGGCGAGAGAGGAUGAGUGCCUCAUCCUCGCAAGCGAUGGCCUCUGGGACGUGUUGUCGAACGAGGAGGUGUGCGACGCCGCUCGCAAGCAAAUCCUACUGUGGCAUAAGAAGAACGCUACCGCCUCCUCGUCCAUCUCCCGAGGAGGAAGCGGCGGCGACGGUGGCUCGCCGGAUCCCGCCGCUCAGGCGGCCGCCGAGUACCUAUCCAAGCUCGCCCUCCAGAAGGGGAGCAAGGACAAUAUCACCGUCCUUGUGGUCGACCUCAAGGCGCAUAGGAAGUUCAGGAGCAAGACUGACAAUAACAACAACAACAACAACAACAACAGAUAGUUAUAAGCAACCUAUAGGAAGCUCAAGACCAAAACCUGAUGACAGUGACAGUGCAUAUACAAAUUAUUUUUUGUUUCAAGUAGCUAGAUUUGAAACAUAAAAAUCAUAUGCACAGAUUUUCUUGGAAAAAAGUGUUUUUAGAAUAAUAUAACUUUGUUGAUCCUUGCACAUAUAUAUACUGCAGUAGAAACUACUCCCUCCGUUCCCAAAUAUUUGUCUUUCUAGGCAUUUCAAAUGGACACAACAUACGGAUGUAUGUAGACAUAUUUUAGAGUGUAGAUUCACUCAUUUUUGCUCUGUAUGUAGUCACUUGUUGAAAUCUCUAGAAAAACAAAUAUUUAGGAACGGAGGGAGUAGCAGUUAAGUUAUAUUUUGAAGACCCAUGUCAAUGUUCAAAAUGUCACCUUUUCAUGUCGUCCCCUUCGUCUCGGUGUCUUUCUCCGUCUUGUUCACCUCCUCCCCGGCACCGGCAUGUCGUCGCCCUCGUCUCCCAUGGAGCUGUGGUUGCCUCUAGGACAGUGGAAGGACAGUGCGAUGACAAGCGCGGUGUUGAGCAACAUUAAGUUGAUCCACUACACAUCAACAGAAGGCAACCGUCAGACUAAUCUUUGCUGGCCGCGUGCCUCAUAUUGCUUUAUGUCUACACUUCUGCUAGAUGAACGAGCCCUGGGUUGUAAUAUGUUGAUACUUUUUUCGUUUAUUUUGCUGUUAGAAUCUCAUGUCUUUAUUAUUUUAAAGUUGGGCACGUUUUGCGUGUUUCUUCUAAAAGAAGUAUUGGGUUUAUUA